CUUUUAAGUAUUAAUGUCAUAAUAAGAACUUGAAAAAUCCUUAGAGCUUACAGAUUUGACUCAGGCUUUUAUUUAUAAAGAUUUGAUUAGCCCAUCAAUUGCUAAUGCCUUUUGUUACACACUUCAACAAAUGCCUGCUGCUAUUACUAUUUAUUUUUUGGAACAAACCUAAAAUCAAUUGCAUGUUGCAACAUUUGGAGUUGGAACUAUAUUCUAUUAAGCAUUCGGGUUCAGUGCUAUGAAUGGAUUAGCUAGCGUAUCAAUAUAAUUCAACAUAGGGUUUACAAGCAUUGGCUUCUUAGGCUAUGGGUGCAUAAAAAUUUUAAUUUUGUGGUAAAUUGUAUUAUCAAUCAAUUUUCAUUGCCUGUAUUUUAAUUAUACCAUUAUCCAUAAUACUAUAUUCAUCAGAAGACAUAAUGCUAUUCAUUAAAAUGUAUUGAUAUCUUAAUUCUAGUGAUUCAGAAUUGGCUGAAGCAACUGGUCUCCUAAAUAAAGGCAUGAUCUCAGUCAUAUUAUUUGAAGGCAUAUUUGCAUAGACCAAGGCCUUUCUAAAUGCUCAGAACCUUUACCAGUAUUAUAUGUGUCAUACAUUUUAGCCUUUCUGUGUACACUCACUUUGCAUCUUGCUUCUUGUCUUUGAUAUUUAAUUACUUCUUUAUUUCAAUUUUAGAAAUGCAACUAUUAGGAGGUAUUAUUGCUAGAAAUCUCCUUGAAAUCUGCAAUAAUCUGAUUAUAGUCUAUCUCAUAAAGGUAUUAAAUAAAUAUUAAAAAAAGAAAUUGGAUUGUUGCAAAGAAACACUAAUCAAAUUCGACUGGUCCCUAUUUGAUGGUUCAUUCAAAUUCUUUAAAACUGCUUUGCCAAUUGGAUCGAUAUUUUGGUAUGAAAGCAUUUGUUUUGAACUGUUCCAAAUCCAGGUGAACUAUUUAGCCCCUUUGCUACUGAGCUUAAAUGUCUUAAUGUACACUGUAGCAUUGCUUGUUUAUUAAUUCAGUUAUGGAAUAUCAAUAGCUGCAACUACUUUUGCUGGAAAUGCAAUGGGAGCAAAGUCAGCUAAACUGGCUAAGUAAUAUACUAUCGGAUCGUUUGUUUUACUGGGAGGAUUCCAAAUUAUAUGUCUAACUUUAAUUAUUUGUUUCUAACAACAAAUUAUUUAAUUUUUGACUUCAGAAGUUGAAAUGGAAGUACUAUUCAUAAAGUUUUUGCCUGUUUUGCUCAUCUAAAUUGUGGCUGAUGGUGUUCAAGCCAUAGUAUCUGGCAUUGUAAAGGUUAUAGGAAAAGAGCACUUCGCCUCCUAAUCUAUGAUGUUUUGUUACAUCAUUUUUGGAUAACCAGUUGCUUACCUCUUGACUUAUGUUUUAGACUUUGAAUUAGCAGGAGUUUGGUGGGGAAUGAUUGUUGCAGCUUCUACAUAUUCUUUCUUAUAAAUAUAUGUAAUGUUGAAAAGUGAUUGGCAUCGUUUAUCAAAUGAAAUCAAUGAUAAAAUACAUUCUAUGGGUGCACAUCAUACUGAAACAGAAUUAUAAUUAUUAGAAAAAGCUUGA